GCGGGGUGGGCUGCAGGGGGCGCCCUCCAGAGAGGGGCCGAGCGUCCCGUCGCAGAGUCCGGCAAGCUGCGCGGUGUCUCCCCGUGACCCCUCAGCACCCCUCCCCCCAGCUCCGGUAGUCGCCGCUCCGGGGCCGCCGCCGCUGGAGGCAGAAGCCGUCAGGCCGCGCCGUCGUCACCGUCUCCGCCUCUGGGUCCAGGCCCCCGGGCCCUGCCGCCGCCAUGAAGCUGCGGGUGCGGCUUCAGAAGCGGACCUGGCCCCUGGAGAUGCCGAUAGAGGAGCCGACGCUGGGGCAGCUGCGUGCGCACCUGAGCCAGGCCCUGCUGCCCACCUGGGGGUACAGUUCUGAUACCCGGUUUGCAAUUACAUUGAACAACAAGGAUGCCCUCACUGGAGAUGAAGAGACCUUGACUUCAUAUGGGAUUGUUUCUGGGGACUUGAUAUGUUUGAUUCUUGAAGAUGCCAUUCCAGCACCUAACUUACCUUCAUCCACAGAUUCAGAGCAUUCCUCACUCCAGAAUAAUGACCAACCUUCUUUGGCCACCCCCUCCAGUCAGUCCAGCAUACAGGAUGAACGGCGGACUGAUUCAUUCCAAGGAGAGGCAGCCCAGUCCGAUGUCUGGAAUGAUGGCAGUAUGCCAGGGCCUAGUCAAAAUGUUGAAGCUGAGUCAAUUGAAGAUAUUGUGGAUAUGGAUGAAGACACAGGUUUCUACCCCUCAGAACCAAUGCUCUGCAGUGAAUCAGAGGAAGGGCAAGUGCCCCAUUCAUUAGAGACCCUGUAUCAGUCAGCUGACUGUUCUAGUCCCAGUGAUGCCUUGAUAGUAUGCAUUCAUCUUCUCAUGUUGGAGUCGGGUUACAUACCUCAGGGGACUGAAACCAAAGCUAUUUCCAUGCCAGAGAACUGGAAAUCAGGAGGAGUGUAUAAGCUGCAGUACACACAUCCUCUCUGUGAGGGCGGCUUUGCUGCUCUCACCUGUGUGCCUUUGGGAAACCUAGUCGUCAUAAAUGCUACACUAAAAAUCAACAGUGAGAUUAGAAGUGUGAAAAGAUUGCAGCUGCUGCCAGAAUCUUUUAUUUGCAAAGAGGAACUAGGGGAAAAUGUAGCCAACAUCUACAAAGAUCUUCAGAAACUCUCUCGCCUCUUCAAAGACCAGCUGGUGUAUCCUCUUCUGGCUUUUACCCGACAAGCACUGAACCUCCCAGAUGUAUUUGGGUUGGUAGUCCUUCCAUUGGAGCUGAAACUACGGAUCUUCCGACUUCUGGACGUUCGUUCUGUCCUGUCUUUGUCUGCAGUUUGUCGUGACCUCUUUAUCGCGUCAAAUGACCAACUUCUGUGGAGGUGUUUAUAUCUGCGGGACUUUCGAGAUGGUACUGUUAGAGUUCGAGACACAGAUUGGAAAGAAUUGUACAAGAAGAAGCACAAACAAAGAAAAGAAGCUCAGAGAAUUCGGCAUAUGAUGUUCCUGCCGCCGUCGUCACCCCACCCCAACCCAUUCUACCCCAAUCCCUUCCACCCCAGACCUUUCCCUCCCAGCUCGCUCCUUCCUCCAGGAAUUAUUGGUGGUGAAUUUGAUGAAAGACUAACACUUCCCUAUGUUGGGAACCCAAUCAAUUCACUCAUCCCUGGGCCGGGGGCGGCACCCGGCCAGUUCCCUCCACUCAGACCACGUUUUGAUCCAAUUGGCCCACUUCCAGGACCUAACCCCAUCCUGCCAGGGCGCGGUGGCCCCAAUGACAGAUUUCCCUUCAGACCCAACAGGGGUCGGCCAACUGAUAGCCGGCUACCAUUCAUGUGAUUGACUUGUAACCCCACUCUGGAGCUUGUUUGGUUUUGUUUCUUAAAACUACAGCUGUCAUCUUGUCGGGUUGUUGACCUCUAGUGUUUUCCGAUUGUGGUGGUGAGGAAUGUACUCACACAAGCCUUUCAGUAGAUGUAUUUAAAGCUCCAGGGGUGGUGAGGCCCAAAGGUUACUUCAUGACAAGGUUGGCCUUGGGAAUAGUUGGCUGCUGACUUCCCUCUAGAAUGAAGGUUGUUCACCGAUAAUGUUCUGUACCAGAUUUUUAAAAAUUAAGUAUAAAUUACAUGGCCGUCUCGACUUUUAUUACAGAAAGAUAUGUAAUAAAUAUUCAGAACAGCUUUACAACAUUACUUGGACAUUUAAAAAUGAUCAGAGAACCUAUUCAGUGUCAUCAAAUUGUUGCAAGGGAUUUUAAACAUUUUCAUGGCCCCUUUUUCCAAAUGAAAUCAUUUGCAGAAGCUGAUUUAUAAAAUGACUAAAGCAGAGCUAGUUUGGUUGAACUGAACUUUGGACACCCACCAGCUCAGUCCACCUCCUCCCUGGCCCUGCAGCUCUUCCUCAGAGUGUGGGGUGAACUUCUGGGCCCUGCAGCAGCACUGCUGGCGGCCAUUGGGUUAUAGGGACUCGGAGUGUGGGGUGAACUUCUGGGCCCUGCAGCAACACUGCUGGCGGCCAUUGGGUUAUAGGGACUCUUGUUUUGUUUGGGGCUUCUUCUGGAGUGGAAUUAUGAUUUUUUUCCCUUGUGUUUUGACACUUGGUGCCUAAUUUGUAAUCUAACUAGAUGACCUCUUUUAACAACAAAGUGUUACUGCUUUGAAUGCUGGUCAGGUACUUGUUUUUCAAAGAUAGACUCUUAUUUGAAGAACAUUUAUUUUUUUUUUAAGAGUUAAAAUACACAAAAUUCAAGGUUUAUUUUUCCUACAAGAAAAAGGUCAAACAGAAAUGUUUUAUCAUACAAACAACUGUGAAACAUGCUAUAGUGACAAAAUCUGAAUCACAACACAGGAACUAAACAUUAUUAGUAUCUGCAGAAAGUAUACUGGAAUAUUGCCACUGUCUUCGUGAUUUUAAAAAUCUGUUUUGCAUAUAAGGAAAUGGUUUGAAAUGUUAUGUGCUGCAAGAAUAUUUUGAGUCCUACAUACAUGUGAAAAUAUUUUUAUUUUUAUGUUUUGCUACACAUAAUAGUGUUGUUUUUUCAUCACAGUGAAGAAAAUUCAGUCACUAAUGCAAUUAUCCAGAGCCAUGUCACCGUUAAUAGCUUAAUGUGUAGGCAAAGGAUUGGGGCUGUUGACAUUUCCAUGGUACUGGGCAAUGGUAGCUCUAGGACAGCUUUUUAAAAAUAAGUGUCCACUGGACGCCAUAUGGCUUUAAUUGGAUCUGGGCUGAAAGAGUCACCUUGAAGCGUUGAUGGGUCCAAAUAUACCCUAGUUCUCCUCUCUGCCCUUGUGAUGUUAGGUUGCACGUGGUGUGUAUGUGUGUAGCUGGCGUGGGAGGACACAGUGAAGCACCAGAUACUAUAAAACAAUGAGUUUUUCAAAUCCAGAGUUUUUGAAUGUUCCUUGAGAGGUCUGUGCCGGUGCUGAUGUCCCAGAGAGAUGGCGCUGCUUUCCAGCCUCACCUCGGCCUCACCGGCCCGAGUUACAGCCCCUCUCAGUUUAGGUAUGGGCAAUGUGCCAUAUGCCUAAAUUUGCAGUCCUCUCACAAUAGUUUAUUCUUAAAACAACUCCCAAAGCUUUUCCUCUUGAAUAGCUAAAUUUAUAGUUAGAAGCUUGUAAAAUCUAUGUUCUUUUCAUUAGCCUGGGCUGUUGAGCUUUAUAUAUUGCUGGUGUGUAAUGAGAAGGAAAUCAUGGUUUGGCGGUAGCCCAGUCCCUGAUUUUCUGACAUCACUUUGAUAUAUUGUAAUGGAAACAAGACAGUUGAGAGUACUGCGGUUACACAUUUUAGUACGAUGCUGUUCUAUAUCAUUGGCUUGUAGUCUGAACGACUUUCUGUGACCCUCUUUAGUUAUUUUUAACAGGAGCUUGCUCCCCUCCUACCCCUUUCUUUGUUCCAGAUGAAAGAUAAGGUUUGGCAUGACUGGAAAUCAAUCAUGGAAUGUAUCCUCUCUUUCCAGCUUAAGAUUUUAUAAUUCCUUAAGGAAGACAGUUGAGUUCUGCCCUCUUACUCUUGCCUCUAAUUCCUGAGAUCACCGCUUAGUCGAAUAUCUAUCUCUAAUUCUUAUUCUGACGGAGCUGGACACGUUUCCCUUUGCUCUCUAUACACAGGGCCCAGUGUCAAGGUUUGCCUCCCUCCUGCCCGGGGCAGUAGCUCCUUGAGGAGGCGCCGGCAGGUCCCACUUCUCUGCUGGGCCGUAAGCAUGGUUCAUGCUCCUUCACAGUCUCCAGCUGACUAGAUGUGGAGUGGAUACGAUUAUUGGGAAGUACUAGGUAAGUCACCUGAAAUCAAGAUUUAAUCUCAGUGUCUCCUGGGAUCCCCCAAUAGGUCCUGGCACUUAAAUUUCUGCUAUUCCAUAGCGAAAUAUUGAGAGGCAAGACAAUGUUAACUUUCUUCUCUAGACUCAGUGAAAGACCAUGAAGAGUAGAUACAUAAAAUAUGAGAGUUUGGAAAUUGAAAUUAAAAAUGGGAGGACCGAUCAGAAUAAAAUUGAAGGGUAUUUAAAAUUCUAAAGGAAAACAUUGUAGGAGGAGUGUUAGUUGUAGAUUGGUUUUCCCUUAAGGAAUGCCUCACUGUUUCUAGCCAUGUCCCUUUCUUGGCCUGCUGCUUGAGAGCCCUGGGCACAGGACUAGUGUCGAGGUGUCAUCAGUUUGGCUGCGUGUUUGCCUGGAAACAGGGAGCUUCUGUGCCCUGUGUGCAUUGUGUUGGAUUAAUGAACUGAUUUGAUUGCUUUUUGUCUAACCUUCCAUUUUGUCACUGACCAAACCCACAAGUGCCGCCUUCUCUGAGAACCUAAAUAUUGGUGAAACCCUGAAUUUAAUCAGUGGCUGCUUAGGAGUCAAAGAUAGCUUUGACACUUGCUAGGUUAGUAACCAGCCAGCCUGCGCUCCAGGAUAAAACAUUUGGAACAUGUGGAAGUGCUCCUAGGCCAUGGCCUAGUCCUCCAAUAGAAAUCCUGGCGUUAUCUGUAAUGCUGAGCUAACUCUAAAACAGAACGAGCUACCACCUGCUUUGGGAGCUCCGCUGCUCCAGUGCAGGGAGGGGCAGGGCUACAGUGGGCUCUGCUAUGGAAAGCUCUGCCCUGCUGUGGGCCUCUGUGCAGGGUGUGGUCAGGAUGGGAGUCCAGGUCCUGGGUCUUCUCUGUGCAAACUCUGGUGUUGUCCUGGUCUGCUCGCCCCAGCCUCUUCUGACUGAUGCUGACAAUGGCACCUCAUCUCCCCCACCCCCACCCCCAGGAACUCACCUCUUUGGGCUGUGCUCACCAGGGGGUGGUCUUGUGACCCCUGAGCCUGCUUGCUCCCAUUCCUUUUCAGACUCAGUUUAGAGUCUGCAACCUCUUCCUGAGGGUAAAAAACUGCUACAGAUUUUCUUUAGCUUAUCUCAGUUUACUAAUCCCUAUGCUGGUUUGAUUCUGUUCCUGGGCAAAUGACUUCCUCACAUUGAUACACUUAAAAAUAAAACAGACUUUUUCUUCAGUCUUAA